CAAGACUCCGAAAAGUGAUUCACGUUUUCUUCAAAAGUUGUUUAGUUAAGAUUAUCAUGUUUCAGAAAUGUUAUUAUUAUUUUUGUUACUACUAUGUAUCGGAUUGUGCACUGGUUCUGUAGUUCAAAUAACAAGUUCAAAUAUAGAUUCUAUAACAGCUGAAAAUAAUCUGGUUCUUGUCAACUUCUAUGCUGAUUGGUGCAGGUACUCCAACCUACUGGUUCCUAUCUGGGAUGAGGCAGCAGUAAAGAUUAAGACUGAGCUACCAGAUGCUAAAGUUAUAAUGGGCAGGAUAGAUUGUGAGGUGGAGAAAGAUCUGAGUACAAAAUAUAAUAUCAAUAAAUAUCCUACACUCAGAUAUUUCGAAAAUGGAGUUCUAGCGAAGAAAGAGUAUCGAGGACAGAGAUCGGCCGAUGCUAUCCUCGAGUUCGUCAAGAAGGAGAUCGAGUCCCCUGUCAAGGGGUUCGUCAGUAUUGACGAUCUUGUCAGCCGGCUGGACGAAAAGAAGAGACAUGUCAUCGGGUACUUUAACAGCAAGGACUCAGAGUCCUUUAAGGCGUUUGAAAAAACGGCGCAAAUUCUCAAAAACGAUUGUGAUUUUCUCGCAGCCGAAAAGGAUACUUUUCUGGACGAUUCUUUUAAGGGUCAAGGAGACACGAUAAGUUUCCGACCGAGUCAAGUUCAGACGAAUGACGAAGAUGAAGCAUUUUCUGGAGAUAUAAACGAUGAAUGGGCUAGAUCUAAGUGUAUAUCUCUAGUACGAGAAAUAACGUUUAAUAAUGCUGAGGAACUGACUGAGGAAGGACUUCCCUUUCUUAUACUCUUCCAUCAUGCCGGGGACUCAGAGUCUGUCAAGAAAUACAACGAGAUAGUGAAGACCGAGCUGCAGCACGAGAUACCCAACGUAAACUUCGUAACAGCCGACGGAUUAAUGUUCAUGCAUCCGCUCUCUCAUCUAGGGAAGACGGUCGACGAUCUUCCGUUGAUCGCGAUCGACUCCUUCAAGCACAUGUACUUGUUCAAGGACAACUUCAAGGAAGCAGGAAAACCAGGAAAAAUGGCAAAAUUUUUAGCCGAUCUUCACAGCGGAAAGUUGCACAGGGAAUACCAUUAUGGACCUGAACCUGAUUCACAAGAGGAGGAGGGAGAGGAGGAAGAGGAAGAAUCCAAAGAACUAGAAAGCAAAGAAGAAACAGAGGAAACAGAAAACAAAUUUGCAAAAGAGGUCAAAACAGACGGGGAAGAGGACAAAAGAGAGGCUGAUAAACAGGUUGGAGAAGAGGUUACGCAACCUCAUAUCCCUCGGGAGGUAUCGGAGGAUUCGGAGGAGUCUGAAGAAGAGGUUUCAACUGAUCCUCCGGAGUCAGUUUUUGCCAAGCUUGGUCCUUCACCAAACCGUUAUACAUUGCUCAAGGAUGAAUUUUAAUCUAGAAUUUGACCGGGCUUUCAGAAAUCCAUUAACUAGUCAUUCUAAUCUUUCAAAUCAGCGGCAAAAAUUAUUGCUCGAAAAAUUAUUGCUAUGAAUAUUUUAGACUUAAUUAACGCCAUUCUUGCACUUUUACUUUUUUUCGAGAAUAGGAUUUCUAGCACCAUCUUUCGAGCAAUAAUAUCUGCAAAUGUAACUUAGCUUUACAUCAAAGCUUCACGAGUGAUAAUGUUAUAAAUAUUUGUCCAUUUUAAUAAUUGAAUAACAAAAUAUCGGUGUAAAAAAUCCUUAUCAAUAUAGAAAUCAAAAUUUAAAUUUAUGCAGUGUAUACUUUCUAAUCUAAACUUAAUCAUAUACUUUUUUAAAGUCACAAUUAUGUUCGAAAAUUUAUUUGUUGAUAUCUAAUAUUUAAAAAAUUUGUAUUUAUUUUUUGCUAUUUUUAUUGCAACCUCCUCCUACUUAACAACCCCAUUUCUUUACUGUCGUAUGAUCAAUUCAAUUCCUUCUUGCAAUCGUUGUAUUUUUAUUGUUUUAUGUUUUCCUUUUUCAAAUAUUUUUUUUUUCAAAAAAUUUCCAUUUUCUUGAUUCUCUUGCUUUUGGAAACAAUCUGUGAUGAAGAAUUUAUCCUGUAAAAUGUAUAAGUAAAUUAUAAGUAUUAAACUUUUUUUUUACUUUUGAGAUUUUGACAUGUUAACAUUAAUACUGUGAUUCAAACCAUUCCCAUGUCCAAGAAAGAAUAUUUUCUGUGGUUUUUAUUUACAAAUAUUUGAAGAAAUUCAAAGAAAAUAUUUUUAAAACCCAGAAUUAUUUUGUAAUGCCUUGUCUUUGGGUUUACUGUUAAGGUUUGCUUUAAUAUAUCAAAAAAGUUGUCUGUUUUUGCUUUUUUGUUUUGUUUAAAUCGUUAAGUAUGUAAUCAUUCAUUAAUAUAUAUUGUUAUUUUGCUUAAUAUUUUCUCAUUAUGUGUUUACAGGUAUCGUUUGAAUAGAUUUUUUUGAUACAGUGGUAGGUGAUUAUAUCAAUACAAUGAAGA